CCGAGGGUGUGGUGCCUGCGGUAUCUGUGCCCGCGGCCCCGGCACGUGGCGGGCACCGGCCCAGCCAUGCCGCGCGCGCCCCGCUGCAGGGCUGUCCGCAAGCUGCUGCGCAGCCGCUACCGCGAGGUGCUGCCGCUAGCGACCUUCGUGCGGCGCCUGGGGCCCGCGGGCCGGCGGCUCGUGCAGCGCGGGGACCCGGUGGCCUUCCGCUCGCUGGUGGCCCAGUGCCUGGUGUGCGUGCCCUGGGGCGCGCGGCCGCCGCCUUCCGGCUCCUCCUUCCGCCAAGUGGGUCGCCCGGGGAUCCGUGUUGUGUGGGGCGAGGGUCCGGCCGCGGGAUCUAGGCGGAACGCGGAGCAGUGCGCCCCGGGCUCCCUGACACCUUGCGCGGCGACUUGUAACCCCUCCCCCCUGCAGGUGUCCUGCCUGAAGGAGCUGGUGGCCAGGGUAGUGCAGAGGCUCUGUGAGCGCGGCUCCAGGAACGUGCUGGCCUUCGGCUUCGCGCUGCUGGACGGAGCCCGCGGCGGGCCUCCCGUGGCCUUCACGACCAGCGUGCGCAGCUACUUGCCCAACACGGUGACUGAGACGCUGCGCGGGAGUGGCGCGUGGGGGCUGCUGCUGCGCCGCGUAGGGGACGACGUGCUGGUUCACCUGCUGGCGCACUGCGCGCUCUACCUGCUGGUGGCUCCGAGCUGCGCCUACCAGGUGUGCGGGCCGCCUCUGUAUGAGCUCUGUGCCGCCAGCGAGGCCAAGCCUGCCGAGUCCCCCAGAAGUCGACCCACGCGUCGCGCGGGCGAGACGCGAACGGGGCCAGGAUCUACACACCACUCCUGGAACCGCAGUAACGGAGAGGCCGGCGUAGCUUUGCGUCUGCCAGAUGGUGGUGCGAGGCGGCGUCCGGGCAGUGCUGGCGGAAGUCCUCCCUCAGCCAAGAGGCCCAGGUGUGAACCGGCCUGUGAGCUGGGACGAGGGCGUGACGGGCAGGCGACCCAGUCCUAUCCGGACAGUGUGCCUGGGCCGAGUGACAGCAAUCCCCGUGCUGUGGCACCCAGCAGAGCCACCAUGGAAGCCACGUCUUCCACUAGCGAUCGAUCUGAGACAUGUCGCUCCUGUCCACCAGUGGGCCGCGCGUGCCAGGUGGGCCUUCCGCCCCCGCCGCAGUCACCGCAGCUUCCAGGCGCGCCGCAUCCCGGAAUGUACGCGGAGACCAGCCACUUCCUCUACUGCUCUGGCGACAAGGAGCGGCUGCGCCCCUCCUUCCUGCUCAGCUCCCUGCGGCCCAGCCUGGCCGGUGCCAGGACACUCAUAGAGCGCAUCUUCCUAGGCCCGACACCGCGGCGGGCAGGGUUGUCCCGCAGGUGGCGUCGCCUGCCCCCGCGCUACUGGCAGAUGCGGCCUCUGUUCCGCGAGCUGCUUGGAAACCAUGCGCGGUGCCCCUACAGCGCGCUCCUCAGGACGCACUGCCCACUGCGGGCUGUGGCCACCACGACUGCAGGUGUGUGCGCCACCGAGGAGGAUGCGGGCCGGAGGUGCCUGGUGCAGCUGCUCCGCCAGCACAGCAGCCCCUGGCAGGUGUACAUGUUCCUGCGCGCCUGCCUGCGCCGCGUGGUGCCCGCCCGCCUCUGGGGCUCCAGGCACAAUGAGCGCAGGUUCUUGAGGAACACAAAGAAGUUCGUUUCUCUGGGGAAGCGUGCCAGGCUCUCCCGGCAGGAGCUCACCUGGAGGAUGAAAGUUCAGGACUGUGCCUGGCUGCGCAGGAGCCCAGGGGGCUGCUGCAUUCCGGCCACCGAGCACCGUCUGAGGGAGGGAGUCCUGGCCACGCUCCUGCUCUGGCUGAUGGGUGUGUAUGUGGUGGAGCUGCUCAGGUCGUUCUUCUACGUCACGGAGACCACGUUUCAGAAGAACAGGCUCCUUUUCUACCGGAAGAGCAUCUGGAGCCAGUUGCAGAGCAUUGGGGUCAGGCAGCACCAGGAGAGGGUAAAGCUGCGCGAGCUGUCGGGAGCAGAGCUCAGGCAGCGUCAGGAAGCCGGGCCGGCCCUGCCCGCAUCCAAACUGCGCUUCAUCCCCAAGCCCAGUGGGCUGCGGCCAAUCGUGAAUAUGGAUUACAUCGUGGGCACCAGAACGUCCCGCAGAGAGACAAGGGCUCAGCGCUUCAGCACCAGCAUCAAGACCCUGUUCAGUGUGCUGAACUAUGAGCGGACGCGGCGCCCUGGCCUCCUGGGGGCCUCCGUGUUGGGCCUAGAUGACAUCUACAGGGCUUGGCGGGCCUUCGCACUGCGUGUGCGGGCCCAGAAUGUGGCACCUGCACUGCACUUUGUCAAGGUGGACGUGGUGGGGGCCUACGACACCAUCCCCCAGGCCAGGCUCGUGGAGGUGAUCGCCAGUGUGAUCAAGCCGCAGGAGAACACAUACUGUGUGCGCCGGUACGCUGUGGUCCGGAGGACUGCCGACGGACUUGUCCGCAAGUCCUUUAAGACACAUGUCUCCACCGUUGAGGACCUCAAGCCAUACCUGCGACAGUUUGUGGAGCACCUGCAGGCGACCAGCUCACUGAGGGACGCCGUGGUCAUUGAGCAGAGCUCCUCAUUGAAUGAGGCGGGCAGCAGCCUCUUUGACCUCUUCCUGCUCUUUGUGAGGAACAACGUCGUCAGAGUCGGGCGCAGGUACUUCGCCCAGCCUCAGGGCAUCCCACAGGGCUCUGUGCUGUCCACGCUUCUCUGCAGCCUGUGCUACGGCGACAUGGAGAACAAGCUGUUCCCCGGGCUGCGGCAGGACGGGCUGCUGCUGCGCUUGGUUGAUGAUUUCCUGCUGGUGACCCCUCACCUGACCCAGGCAAAAGCCUUUCUCAAGACCCUGGUCAGGGGUGUCCCCGAGUACGGCUGCAUGGUGAACUUGCAGAAGACGGUGGUGAACUUCCCUGUGGAUGACGACAGCCUGAGCGGCGCAGCCUUUGUCCAGCUGCCAGCCCACUGCCUGUUCCCCUGGUGUGGCUUGCUGCUGGACACCCAGACCCUGGAGGUGUUCGGUGACUACUCCAGUUAUGCCCGGACCUCCGUCAGAGCCAGCCUCACCUUCAGUCCCGGCUUCAAGGCUGGCAGGAGCAUGCGUCGCAAACUUUUCAGGGUCCUGCGGCUGAAGUGUCACAGCCUCUUUCUGGACUUGCAGGUGAAUAGUCUCCAGACAGUUUGCAUAAACGUGUACAAGAUCCUCCUGCUGCAGGCCCACAGGUUCCAUGCCUGUGUGCUCCAGCUGCCAUUCAGCCAGCAAGUCCGGAAGAACCCUGUGUUUUUCCUGCAGAUCAUCUCUGACACAGCCUCUUGCUGCUACUCCAUCCUGAAAGCCAAGAACACAGGGAUGUCACUGGGGGGCAAGGGUGCCUCCGGCCUGCUUCCCUCUGAGGCUGUGCAGUGGCUCUGCCAACAAGCCUUCCUGCGCAAGCUGGCUCAUCACCGCAUCACCUAUAAGUGUCUCCUGGGGGCUCUCAGGACAGCCCAGGAGCAAGUGCAGGAGAAACUCCCUGAGGCCACACUGGCCACCCUGGAAGUUACAGCUGACCCGGCCCUGACCAUGGAUUUCACAACCAUCUUGGACUGACAGCCCCACCCCACACUGGCACAAGGGGACGGC